UAACAAGACCCGAUUAGUUGCGAAAGGCUACAAUCAACAAGAAGGUAUUGAUUACAAUGAGACGUUUGCUUCAGUAGCACGCAUUGAAGCCAUUCGACUGUUCAUGGCUUAUGCGACACAUAAGAACUUCACCAUCUAUCAAAUGGACGUCAAAACAACAUUCUUGAACGGGAUCUUGAAAGAAGUUUAUGUGGAUCAACCAGAAGGCUUCAUCAGUAAGAAAUAUCCAGAUCAUGUUUAUCGUCUGGAUAAAGCUUUGUAUGGACUCAAACAAGCCCCGAGAGCUUGGUAUGAGGAACUGUCUGACUUCCUGGUUGAUUCUGGCUUUUCAAAAGGAACAAUUGAUACUACUCUCUUUAUCAAGCGUCAUGGGUCUGACAUCAUCUUGGCUCAGAUCUAUGUUGACGACAUCAUUUUUGGUUCCACUGAUCCAGCACUAUGCACUGCAUUCAGAAGUCUGAUGCAAUCUAAUUUCGAAAUGAGAAUGAUGGGUGAAAUGAAUUUCUUUCUUGGAAGACGGAAUUUUCAUUCAUCAGUCCAAGUACAUUCAUGAUUUGCUAAAGAGACACGGUCAAGAGAAUAGCACCCCUGUGAAAACCCCGAUGACUCCUACUUGUAAACUUGAUACUGAUCUAUCAGGAAAGCCUGUUGAUGUUACCUCUUAUAGGGGAAUGAUUGGUUCGAUACUGUAUCUGACCUCAAGUCGACCUGAUAUUAUGUUUGCUACUUGUCUCUGUGCUCGCUUUCAAGCAAAUCCAAAGGAAUCCCAUCUCUCACAGUCCACACGCCUUAAUUUCUAUUCAAAACAGACCAUGUCACCCCCAAAUCCCAGGACCAAAUUCGAUGGGACGAAGACGAGAUGCCCAGAUUCAUCAACAACCCCAAACGGGGGAAGAUGAGGGCUGGCGCACCGUCAUCUACAGGGGACGACGGCAUCCCCAUCCCAAACGCAGACUUCAACCUCGCAAAAGUAUCGUCUCUGAAUUCAAUUGGGUAGAGAGUGUCAACAACCGGUACCAACAACUACUACUGGCCAACAAUUUUGAUUACGAAUAUGAAUCUAGUAGUUCGGCCCUGGAAAUCAAAAUUCACAGACCUAGAGAGGAACGCAAUCGAUUUGACAGAAACUUCAGCCGUGACAAUCGGAGCCAGAGGAUUAUGACAUUCAAUAACAGUAAGGCGAUAGGAAGCUCAAGAUAACAUCUUCAUCUCUGCGAUGAAGAGCCACCGCAGCUGGGAGGAGGUAGCAGACGCGACAAAUCCUUGGCAGAAGCCUCAUCCUGCUCUGCGCCAAGCUCUGCAGCUGAGAGACCCACCUUCGACAUCCAGUACAUCGACGAGGCAGAAAGGACAGACCCCAUUCUAAACCUCACAUGGGAAGACGUGGUCAAGACCAAUUCGGACAAAAAAAUACACCUACCAAUUAUAAAGCAAAGCUGACACCUAGGUCAAAAGGAAAGUCAACAACUCCUAUAGAGUCAGCAAGUCUGGAUCCGGCUAAAAUAUUGCCCUCUACGGAUGACUUAUUCGAGGCUUCAGAAACGUUCCAAUUUUUUGGAGAGGAAGGUUUUGAUUCUAUCAAUAUUGAAUUAAAGACCUUUAGAUUUGCCGUCACGAAAAAUGAUCUGGUCAUUUUGGAAUUUAAAAAAUCCUCACUGCAUAGGAUGGAUUUCAAAAAAAAUAAAGAGCCCGAGAUCUUCAGAUAUAUAAACCAUCUCUCCCGAUCAGAUAAUUUUAAAGAACACAGAAGGUUUGGUCCUAUCACGGUCUCCUCAAAUUGCAACAAUUCAGGGUGGUAUCUGAAGAUUGCUAAAGAAAAGGGUAGCUUCAUUAUAAUCCCCAUGGGCCCAAACAAUUCCAAUUUAAUUACUAUCAUGGCUAUAUUAUCAAAUUUUGUUGGACUGAGCAAUUUAGUGCAGGAGACAGGAAUGGAUAUGCUACAAGAAACCAUGAUUCUUUCGGAGGAACCAAAAUCUAUAUCAAAACUUAUUUUGGAAUCCCAAAUUCGAGAGGCUUACUCACAGAAACAAAACUCUCCUACUCCAGUAGAGCGGCCUCUGCCUGUCCAGGCUUACUCGGACGCUUCAGAUACCUUUUACCAAUCUGAUGAUUCUGGUUUCAUGGACGAAUUUCUGGGUCAUGCCACUGAAAAUGAGCGUCGUCCUCCUAUCUCAACUCCAGAAGAAAUUAGGAAAUCAAAAUUCAACAGAGCGAUCUGCAGAAAAUCCAAGUUUGUUACCGCUGAAAAUUGCCUACCGACAGAAAACCUAAACACGCAGCUCAAAAUCUACAGGAAACCUCAGAAAAAUAAAAGGCGGCACAGCAUGACUACAAGGUCUUAGGCCAGAGAAUUUCCUUUGGUGUAGUUUUUAGCUUUUUCUUUCUCUGUAUGGUUUUUUUCCCUUCUUUUAUUUUCUUUUUUUCAUUUCUCUUUCUCUGUACUAUUUACUUUUCCUUUUCAAUAAAAUUCCUCUCUUUAAAAAAAAAGGAAUCCCGUC